AACUGGAGGGCUGCUUGAAACUCUGCUGCAAGUGUACAGAUGGAGGGCGGACCGUGUUAUUCACUCUAAGUUCUUUUUUUUACUUUCCCCCACCAGCAUGUCUGGCUUUUGUCUCUAGGAGAGGGGACACAGACUGAUGCCGAGAAAAAAAAAAUCAGUAUAUUGAAAGCCUUUUGCAGUAGGGGGCCACGGGGACGGGCGCAUAGACCGUGUUGAACUGGGCACACUCGGCUCAAUUGAGUUUUACCAGACAGGAGGAAGGGAGAGAAAGCAGUCACCAAAAAGGGUCUAGAAGUUAAACUUUGUGUUUGGCCAAACUGGACCGAAUUUAUACGACACAUCACAGGAGUGACUUUUUUGUUUUAUUUUAUUUUUAUCUCAACUCGCACACUGGGAAAAAAGAGCUGAGUUUGCGUUGAAGUGCGCGGAAAAAAAAGAGGCAGCAUGGUUCAGAAGAUGAGCCACGCAGAGAGCACCGCGGACGCGCUUUCCUCCUUCUUCAGUGGAGACUCGAGCUCCGGGUCGAGCAUGGAUAUGGACCCCGUUGACUCGCCCCUCUCCCCAGGCUCAACAGCCUCUUCGACCACCGGUGACAAGCUGGGAGACAACCCGGCGUGGUGUAAAACUCCGAGCGGCCACAUUAAGAGACCCAUGAACGCAUUCAUGGUGUGGUCCCAGAUCGAGAGGAGGAAGAUUAUGGAGCAGUCUCCGGAUAUGCACAACGCCGAGAUCUCUAAACGGCUGGGGAAGCGAUGGAAGCUCCUCAGAGAUAGCGACAAGAUCCCCUUCAUCCAGCAGGCGGAGCGGCUGAGGCUCAAGCACAUGGCGGACUAUCCUGAUUACAAGUACCGGCCCAGGAAGAAGGUAAAAUCGAGCGCUUCCAAGCCAGGAAGUGCCGGGGAAAAGGGGGAAAAAGUCAACAGUAGCUCGAACAGCACCAGCAUGAAGUCGUCCUCAUCUUCGAGGAAAAAUGGACUUAAAUCACCCAGCAGCAAAUCCCACAAAUCACUUUUCGGGAACAGCAGUAGCACCAAAGCCUCACACUUUGCCUCUGAGGAGCCUCCGGAUCACCAUCGUCACCCCCACCGCAACAACAGCACCCCCCUCUUCAAGUCCAAGUCGGUGUCGUCCACAGCCAAGCAGGUACCGGAAAGCAAGAAAGCCAAGCGGGUGUACCACGUCUACGGGGGCGGGUUGAGCGUCAGUCUCGCGUCGUCAGUCACAGUCCCGGCCAGUCCUACGCUGAGCAACUCGGCGGACUCCAGCGACCCGCUCAGCCUGUACGAGGACGUGUCCAGCGGUAGGGACGAGGGAAGCGAGUCUCCGGCAGGAUCGUCGGAGCGUCACGGCGGCCAAACGUACAUCAGUCGGCGGGCUUCCUCGCCGACACCCUCCGGCUCCCACUGCUCCGCCUCCUCGUCGUCGUCUUCCUCCUCGGAGGACGAAGAGUUCGAGGACGACUUGCUGGACUUGAACCCCAGCCCCAGCUUUGACAGCAUGUCGCUGGGGAGUUUUGGCUCUUCGGUUCUGGACAGGGACUUGGAUUUGAACUUUGAAUCCGGCUCAGGAGGCUCCCACUUCGAGUUCCCCGACUACUGCACGCCCGAAGUCAGUGAAAUGAUCUCCGGGGAUUGGCUGGAGUCCACCAUUUCUAACCUGGUGUUCACAUACUGAGAUCACGGUGAACACAACCGACGACCACAAACCGAGCAUUGAGUCCUGGAAACGAAUCGGUGGGCAGCUUUUGUCUCCGAACUGCCAGACCAGUUGGUAUCCAUUGAAAACUAGCGCCAUGGCUUCUCUUCUCUUGUCUGCAAGUGCUUCGAAAGAUCAACCUUUAAAGCCGAAAAAGGGCUUCGCUUUGAAUGUGCGGACUUUGGGGGAUUGUGGAACAGGCGAACGUGGAGCGGCGCAAAACAAGUGAGACGGGCAGAAUCGCAACACUGGUUUCGGUUUCCUGUUUGAGAAAAGACUGACGGUGAACUGGCUGACCCGAACAACUUUACUGUGAUUGAUUUGCACGUUAUGCGGUCCGCCGUUCACUUAAUCAAUGUUGUUGCUGAUUCUUUUUUUAAUGGGACAUUUCACAACUUUUUUACCGAUUUGCCAAGUGAAUUUCACCACUAAAAAGGUACAUAACUCUGGAUUGCCGUGCGACAUUUUUACUCACGUUUGGCCACAGAGGGAUUUUGUAUGAAACCAAGGUGGGUUGUUUUUUUCCCCAAGUUUGAUAUCUUCUCAAAAGAAAAAAAAACAAACAAACAAAAACA